CAGGACUCAGCGCGUCUGACGCAUGCGCGGUCCGCUCCGGUAGAUACGGAAGGCGGGUCAACAUGGCAGAGACUGACAGUGGGGAGACCGGCGAUGUCCUGUGCUUGUUUGAUGUGGACGGGACUCUCACCGAAGCCCGGCAGAAAAUCAGUCAGCCAAUGGAUGAAUUUAUGCAGCGUUUAAGAAAAAAAGUGAAAGUUGGAGUUGUGAGCGGUUCUGAUGUCGGCAAAGUUAAAGAGCAACUCGGAGAGGAGGUUUUUUCAAAAGCUGAUUAUGUGUUUGCUGAAAAUGGGUUAGUUGCAUAUAAAGCUGGCAAACUUCUGGCUGUCCAGAACAUCCAGAACCAUAUUGGUGAGGAAAUACUUCAGAACUUGAUCAACUAUUCCUUGAAUUAUAUGGCCAAGAUUAAGUUGCCAAGAAAAAGAGGCACCUUUAUUGAAUUCCGUAAUGGAAUGCUGAACAUCAGUCCGAUUGGUAGAAGCUGCAGCCAAGAAGAACGGAUUGAAUUCUUUGAACUUGAUAAAAAAGAAAAGAUCAGAGAAAGAUUUGUGGCUGAUUUACAAAGAGAAUUUGCAGGGAAAGGGCUCACCUUUUCUAUAGGUGGGCAGAUCAGCUUUGAUGUGUUUCCGGACGGUUGGGAUAAACGAUACUGUCUGGGAAUCCUUGAGAAAGAUAACUUAAAGACCAUCCACUUUUUUGGGGAUAAAACUUCACCAGGAGGGAACGAUUAUGAAAUCUACAUUGAUGCACGGACUAUUGGUCAUUCUGUGACGUGCCCAGGAGACACUAGGAGGAUUUGUGAUGAAUUGUUUUUCAACUCAAGUGCCAGUACUCAAUCAUAAAGUUGUGGAUGUUUGAAAUACCAAAGACGACUCAUUUUCCAAUGUGAAGUAAAUACUUGAAUUAAAUCUACAAUAUCUAGCACUUGUAACUAUUUGUACAGUGAUCCUGCACAAGAAAAAAUCACUACAUUCUGAUGGAACAAGAUCUUACUGUUAACAGAAGAUUCUUUCAAUGGACCUUUAAAAUAGAAUCUUGCAUAGAUAUUAAAUUUGGAUUGACCGACUAAAAGCAAUUAGAAACUAUUUGCAUUAUAACGUAGGCAGGGAAUUAAUGUGAUGAAAGAAUUAUGUCACCCUUUCCAAAAUGACAUUUCCUUUUAUUAUUUUUACAGGAAAAAAAAACAGCUAAAUUACAAAUCAGGAAAUGUAGACCAAAGGUGUCAACAGGAAUAACAAACACUGUUACUUGUAUCUGAACACAGAAUUUAGUUUUUAGAUUUGCUUAGCAUGUGUGUGCUGGUCACAGGGAAGGAUGUUGUAUUCUGCAAGAAAUUCUAUUGUAGUAGCUUUGAUUAUGCCUAUUGGUUGAUAGACUUCAACAACAAUCAUACAAAUCAUUGUUAUGCAGUGGUCAUUUAUCAUGAUUUUUUUAAACUGAUGCUGACUGUUCUGUUGUUUCAUAAUUAGAUAUUUGGGACCUUACAGUUACCGGUUAAAAUCUUCUUUCAGGCUGAAUCUUGUAUUGGUUUCUAGCUGUAAGAAUGGCUGUCAAUUGUAGUACAUGCUACUUUACAACUGUUCUACCUUUAGACAUGUUCAUGUGAAACAGUAAUUUAAUGAAAACUGUAUCCCAGUGUGGGAAAACAAUUUUAACUGCCAGUUGUAACCAACCUCUUUCAUUCCAUACAAUGUAAAAAUAUCUUCUCCACUAUAUAAAUUUUAAUGGAAACAGCUAGUCAUAAAUUCAACCUAAAAAGUUGUAUCAUGUGACACUGGUUUAUGUCAUGACUGAAAUUAAAAAUCUAUAAUGGAUUUAAUUAAUUUGCAAGUUUGAUUCUGUAAACUGUGACAUGUAAUUCUAUGCACUUCAGGGCCUUUAUUUCCAAAAAAAAAAAUCA